AACCCUCUCUGCUUCACACACACUGGUGGAAGGAAAGCCAACAGGAGAUUAAUAAUACAUAACUAAAUUCACAAAUCUGUUUUGAUUAGGAGACAUCGAGGUAAUCGCCACAUCCAGCAGAUCACAAGUUCACUGCAAAGAUGAGCAUCAAGGACAGAGAUAUGUUUGCAAACAUCAAUAGGAAGCCAGGCCUCCAGAUAUGGACCAUCAAUAAAAUGCGGAUGACUCCAGUUUCAACCAAGGCCUUCGGUAACUUCUUUGAGGGUGACUGUUACAUUAUUCUGAAUAUAAGCAAGAAUAUGGGUGUGGGAGAGUCGAUCGACAUCCACUAUUGGAUAGGACAGUCCUCCUCCCAGGAUGAGCAGGGAUCUGCAGCACUCUACGUCAUGCAGCUGGAUGAGUAUCUGGGUGGAAGUCCAGUGCAGUACAGAGAGGUGCAGGGCUCCGAGUCACCAAAGUUCAGGAGCUACUUUAAAAAUGGCCUGAUCUACAAGAAGGGUGGAGUGGCGUCAGGCUUUAAUCAUGUCGACACAAACGUCUACAACAUCGUACGGCUGCUGCACGUCAAAGGGAGGAAGCAUGUGUCAGCUGCAGAGGUUGAGGUGUCCUGGAACAGCUUUAACAAUGGAGAUGUGUUUCUUCUGGACCUUGGGAAAACUAUCAUACAGUGGAAUGGCCCUGAAUGCGACAGGAGGGAAAAGCUCAAGGCGGUGCUGCUGGCUCAGGACAUCCGGGACAGGGAGCGUGGAGGUCGGGCUGACGUCGUCGUCGUGGAGGGAGCCCGUGAGAAGGAGACACCAGAGCUGGUACAAAUGAUGGCCGAUGUGCUCGGCAAAAGACCCAGCCAGCUGAAGAAGGCUGUUUCUGAUGACAAACAUGACCAGGAGCAGAACAACAGCGUCCGACUCUACCAUGUGUAUGACAACGCUGGGAACGUAGUGAUCCAAGAAGUGGCCAUACAGCCUCUGACACAAGAUCUGCUAAGCUCUGCUGACUGUUAUAUUUUGGACAACAGUGGGUCUAAUGUGAUGGUGUGGAAGGGCAAAAAGGCCUCAAAGGAUGAACGUCAAGAAGCUAUGAAGAGAGCACUGAACUACAUUAAAACCAAAAACUAUCCAUCCAGCACCAGUGUGGAGGUGAUGAGUGAGGGAGGAGAGUCAGCCAUGUUUAAGCACAUGUUCAAAAACUGGAGGGAAAAAGGGCAAAUUACUGGACUGGGUAACACCCACACUGUUGGAAAGAUAGCCAAGGUUGAGCAGGUAAAGUUUGAUGUGAUGGAGCUCCAUGCUCACCCUGAGAUGGCAGCAAAGCAGCACUUGGUUGAUGAUGGUUCAGGAGAAGUGAAGGUGUGGCGCAUUGAGAAUUUGGAGCUGGCUGAGGUCCAGCCAAAUAUGCACGGGCAGUUUUAUGGAGGAGACUGCUACUUGGUGCUGUACACAUACCGGGUGUCAAAUAGAGAGCAGUACAUACUCUACAUGUGGCAGGGACGUCAUGCCACCAAAGAUGAGAUCACAGCCUGCGCCUACCAGGCUGUUGCCGUUGACAAUAUGUACAACGGAGCCCCUGUCCAGGUCCGAGUGGUGAUGGGAAAGGAGCCUCGCCACUUCCUGGCUAUCUUCAAAGGAAAACUCAUCAUCUUUGAGGGAGGAACAGGUCGGGCUGGAGCAGUCAGCCCUAACACCACCGCCAACCUCUUCCAGAUUAGAGGAACCUCUGAGCUGAACACAAAGGCCAUUGAAGUUCCAGCAAGGGCCUCAUGUCUAAACAGCAAUGACGUGUUCUUGCUGAGGACCCCUCAGAAAUGCUAUCUGUGGUAUGGAAAGGGCUGCAGCGGAGAUGAGAGGAUGAUGGCCACAGACAUGUCUGACCGCCUGUUUAGGCAGUAUAAGGAGGUUGUGAUGGAGGGCCAGGAGCCAGCUGAGUUCUGGAUUGCUCUAGGGGGAAAGGCCCCCUAUGCCAGCGACAAGAGACUGGAGCGAGAGAAUCCACUUCACUCCCCCCGUCUGUUUGAGUGCUCAAACCAGACGGGUCGGUUCAAGAUGACCGAGGUCUAUAGCUUUGACCAGAGUGAUCUGGACGAAGAGGACGUGAUGCUGCUGGACACCUGGGAGGAGAUUUUCUUGUGGGUUGGAAAGUUUGCCAAUGAAACUGAGACCAAAGAGUCUUGGAACAGCGCACGCGAUUACCUGAAGACACAUCCAGCUGGCCGCGACCCUGACACAACCAUCAUCUUUGUGAAACAGGGAAAUGAGCCUCUCACCUUUACUGGCUGGUUUAACGCAUGGGAUCCUUUCAAGUGGAGUGAGAUGAAUGCCGGCAGCUUAAAUAAAGGCAUAGACACAACAGACUUUGGAGGCUACAGUGCUCCCGGAGGGCCUACAAGCACAUUUCCAAUGUACAGGCCCCACGGAGGGAUGAUGUCACCCAAGCCCACCACUCCCACCAGCCCAUUCAAAGGCACCUACUCCCCAGCUGGUAGUAGUGGGAUGUCUGUGGACGCUAAGCUGCUCAUUAAUGUACCCGCUAGUGAGCUUCCAGAGGGAGUGGACCCCAGCCAGCGAGAGGACUACCUGUCUGACGAGGAUUUUGAGAACCUGCUCGGUGUAAGUCGGUCUGAGUUCCUGGGUAUGCCCCAAUGGCGUCAGAUCGACAUGAAGAAAAAGGCAGGACUCUUCUAGGAAGGAUUUAUCUUCUGGAUUACACGGAAGCGGCGUUAGACCGGUCCGUCCAAGAUACCGAGAAAUCCAAGCUAACGACGGUUUGUUGCCAUUGUUGACAGAAGCAGGAGCAGCAGCAGCGAUUUAUUCGAAUAACUUAUUCACUUAAAUGUUUUCGACCAUUUAACAAGCUGAGGUGAUUCAUAAAGAAAAAUCUACGUAUAAACUGAUUGACUUUUUGGUAUUUAAUAAAUGUGCUCUUCUUUUAAAAGCAUUCAAAUGUGCUCAAGCUGAUCACCUAAUAAAAAUGUGUUUGUUCUUACCAUGAAUCAAAACGUAACAAAUAAAGAGAAAACCACCA